GUGCAUUUCAGAUCAUAGGAAAAUUAUCUUGGACUAAACGCAGAUUAGAUUCCAUGAAUUUUUCACCAUAUAUCAUACCCUGUUACUAUAUUCGCAAAACAUAGAUAAUACUUUGAGAGAUUUUUAUAAACAAAACAGUUGAGUUAUAUAAAUAGACUUUAUCGCGUAGAGUCGGUUUAUUCAUGCUAUCCGGAAAAUACACCACAUAGUUGUUGAUUACUUCCCGCUUCCUGAAAGUUAGUAAGAUGAAAACAUUCAAUUUUGCAGCCGUUAUAGUGUGUAUCGGGUGGUCAGUUGUAUCAUGCCUGGAUAUCCAGAUAGACAAUGCUGGAGGUGAUAUGGUUAAACAGACAGGACAGACCGUUGAGCUUAUGUGUAAUAUCUUAUACAUUGAUGCAUCUACAGCAGAUAUAGCCGGUAACCCUGUUACUUGGGAGAAAUUGUCCCGUCGAGAUAACCCCUUGUAUACUAUUAUCUCUACUGGUUCAAAUAAAAGAGGUGGUGUACCUGAUCACAUCAGUAUUGACUUUGGUGAUUAUUCAACAUCAGUUCCGAAUACAAGUGGAAUAAAAAACUCACUCAAGAUAUCAGGACUUGAAGCAGGAGACAAUGGAACAUACGCCUGUCUUGCUGGAGAUGUGAAAAUCGAGUAUAAUCUUAUCAUUCCAUCUCCAGUUGAGGCUGUUGUACUUGAUGAUUCUAAGACCAAUGUUACCACUCAACUGCAAACAUUUGAGUACACUGAAGGUGAAACCAGACCUCUCAACUGUACAAGUCAUGGUGGUUCACCAGAUGCAAAGCUGAAAGUCACAUUCGAUGGUGUUGAUAAGACAUCUGAAAUGGUCUCUUAUCAAAAAUGGUACUUGGAAAACCCUGAAAGUGCCUUUGAAGCUGCUAAAGUUGCAGUGAGCCGUGCUGUGAACUAUGAGGCAAAGGGAGAGGAUAACUUGAAGAUCAUCAGAUGCACAGCUAGUGUAGAUGGGUUACCCAACAGUAACAAGUUUGCAGAAGCAAAAAUGCACAUACAAUUUUCUCCUAUGUUUGUAAACUGCUCAGAGAAGGUAGCGGCCAAUAUUGGAGAUGAAAAUGUCAUCUAUGAAUGUGAGACGAGGUGUGACCCAGCCCCUACUAAGGUCUUCUUUAUUACACAGACAAAUGCUGAAAUGAUAGCUGAGAUCGACCAUGAAAAUACAGAAGAAAAUUUCGCUGCCACUUAUAUCAAAAAUGAAGGAGAUUCUUAUACUAUAAGGUUCACUUUCUUAGAGUUGACAGAUGCUGAUCUUGGAUAUCUGUUUCAAGCUUGUGUAAGAAAUACCCGUGGUGCCAAAUGUAUGGAAUUCACACCUACAAAACCUGAUACUGGUUCCAGUAGCUCUGGAAAUUCCAACAGCGUCGGAGAAACGUCAGAUAGGAAUGCUGCAAGUUCCAUGUAUCCGAUGUAUGCCAUAUUGUACACAUUUGUACUCCUGGUAGCCACCUCUCUGUAGAUCAAGCACUUUAUCCACUGCUUCAUGCUGGCUCAAGAUCUGUCUUACAUCAGCAAAAGUAAUUUCAACUCUCCUGGAUGAACAUUCGUUACAAUGUCAACUACUACUUGAACCUAUCUUUUACAAACAUGUGAACACAUUCUGAACUGUAGUAAGAUCAUUUAGAGUCAAACCUAUCUACAAAAUGCAACUCAAACAUUCCCUGAAAUAUUUCAUAUGUUAUUUUAUGAACAUUUAUUCAACAGAUAUUCUGUAGAAAAUUUUUACAUUCCAAUGGAAUAACUUCCAAAAUUGACUUUUCUCAUCCUUAUAGUGAGAAUGUAUGGACCACAGUUUUAUAUUAUCUGAAUCUCCUUUCUCAGCAUUUCUCAGCAUUUACUUUGAAAGAUAUGGAGUCCAAUGAAGACAUCACUCAUAUUUAUAGGUUAAAGACUUUGAAUAUUUCCCAAGAACAAAAAUAAGUUGAUGUAGGCAUUUAGCAGUGGCUCAGCUUCUCUAUACAUUCUAUCAAAGUUACAUUUGAAAAUCUGAUCCUAGUACAUGUAUAAUGCAUUUGAAAGUCAACAAUCAAUAUCAGGGAAGUUAAGAAUUCCAAAAUAAUUUACAUAUACAAUACCA